GAGCAGGAGCCCCUGCAAGCCCCAGUCACCCGCCAACGAGGCUCAGAAUAUUCUUCGGCUGAGAAGGAGAACGGAGCGAGCGAGAUGAGAUCCUUGCUGUUCACUUUGGGCCUGGCCCUCUGCUGCUUCGUCCAGGCUGAAUGGGAGAACAUGAGCGCAACCACCAAGAAGGAUACGGGUCGCUGGAUGACCAUUGCAGUUGCCACCAAUUCAGAAGACCAUCUGGAGCAGAUAAGGAAUAUGCCGGCAUUUGCUGCUGAUGUGUCAACACCACAGGAAGACGUCUUUAGCAUUACGGUCUAUCUCCCCAUGCUGGACGGGUGCAAGAACGUAACCUACCAGGCCAGAAGAAACAAAGAAAAUGGAAAAUAUAUCUUCGUCUCUGGUGAUACAACGGUGACGGUGGAAUCGGUGAAGGUCAAAGGCAACUUCGUCAUUACAACCAUCAGCGUGGUGGACGCAGACAACAAAUUCAAAACCACAAUGCUUCACAGCCGGGAAGUAACUCAGGAUCCAGAGAUAAAGCAGAAAUUUGAAGGCGAAUGCAAAAGUCUCGGCUACAGAAAGGAUCAGAUUGUCUUUUUAAAACCAUAUGUGAAGUGCGAAUAAGAACGAUGGGUGACCAGAGCCUAGGCUGCGAAACGGCCGGGGGGAGCAGCAGCUGGGCAUGUUACGGGCUUGGCUCAAAUUCCAGGGAGGAAUCUUAAUAAAAAGAAAAUGAUGCAAAC